AUGGGGAACUUCAUCGUUCAAGACACGGUGAACCAGUUCCACAUCCCCAUUCAUCCCUUACUACAGCCACAUAAGCUUCAAGCUAUUGAUGGAGCUCCAAUCAGAGGAGAGAUCAUCUCGCACUGUACAGAACCCCUCUUCCUCCAGAUCAGCGCACUCCAUAAGGACACCAUCAUUCUCUACAUCACCAUUUCUGCCAGAAAUCCUGUCAUCCUAGGUCUCCAAUGGUUGGAGCUAUACAAUCCUCCUAUUUCAUGGACCGACAAAAAAAUCCCUCACUGGUCUCCUUACUGCCAUGGACACUGUCUUCAAGCUCCAGUUAUCCCACUAGCAACCACAAUAGUGGAAAGUCCCAACAACCUCACUCCAGUUCAUGUUCUACCUGAGCAUCAUGAACUCUAUGAGGUAUUCAGCAAGGAGAAAGCAAGCAGACUACCACCACACCUCCCAUAUGACUGUGCGAUUGAGCUGCUGCCCGGAUCCAGCCCACCUCGUGGAUUCAGCCUCAGGCCAUGCAUUCAUUACUGGAGCCUCAACCAAUGCUCUGUCAAGUACCACUAUCCUUUGCCACUUCUGCCUGCAGCCCUUGAACAACUAAGAUCAGCAACCAUCUUCACAAAGCUGGGCCUUCACAGUGCUUACAACCUGUUUUAUGUGGUGAACACGCCAAUGACGUGGACCGAUGCUCAGAAAUACUGCAGAGCAAAAUACACUGACCUGGCCACCAUUGCGAAUGAUGAAGAAAUGAAUGCUGUGAAGGAAGCUCUUAACGGGAGCACAGAACAUUUCUGGAUAGGACUGAGGCAGACUGAUAGCAAUUCCUCGAUUGUUUUUAACAGUAGGUCCUGGGUCUGGUCAGAUAAUUCUCAAGUCUCAUACGGGUACUGGAAUGAAACAGAGCCAAACAACGACGGGAUUGAUAACUGUGUGGAAAUUUGGGAAGCAAGUGCAAAUAAUAAAUGGAAUGAUGCAGGUUGCAAUAACACUGUCCAUUUUGUCUGCUAUAAAAGACGAACUCCUCUCACCGUGAUCACUGAGAAGAAGACCUGGCGAGAAGCCCUGAGGUACUGCAGACAGCAUCAUGUGGACCUGGUUUCUGUUGACUCGCAGGAAAUGCAGGACUGGGUGGAAGUAGUCACUAAAAAUGUCUCCAGUGAUAUGUGGAUUGGCCUGCGUCACACCUGCGCUCUGGGCUUCUGGUACUGGGUGAAGGGAGAGAUGAUCUGCUACCAAGACUGGGCUCCAGGUAACGGAACCGGAGUGGAAGAUUGUAGUGAUGUCGAGAGAACCGGAGCGGUUCUGUCCGAGAGUAAGAAGUGGGUCAGCCUGCCACAGACUCACGAACUCUACUUCAUCUGUAUCACCUUCCAGUGAAGGCUACUAGAAGUGGACGCAUGAACUUCAGCUGGAUCCUCGUAGUUCAGGACCAGACAUUUCUUUCUCAGCAUCAUUUCACUUAAUUUUUUGGACAUGCAAGUACAACGAUUUAUUUAGGAAUUUCACAAUAAUGUUGAGUUUCUUUAUGGUGUUGGUCAAACUUUUACUUUCAAAAUAGCUCUUAGUAGCUUUACUGUUAGCUUCUGUUUAAAAACUAGAAUAUGUGAGACUUUCCUUUUGUUCACAUGGGAUGUGUUUUAUUCAGUAAUACAUUGUUUAGCUGUUUAGCGUAUCAUUAAUAUUUUUGAUUUGCAGUGUUGAGAUUUAGUUAGCUACAUGUAGCAAUGCUACCAGCUUAAGCACAUUUUUAACAGAAUGGCAGUAGAUGAGCUAAUUUCCAAAUAAUGUCGCUUUUCCUGUAACAAGCUAUUCUUUCACGAAGUCCCCGUGUAGCGUGACAAAUCUAGCUAGUUACAUAUUUCCAGAAAUGAACCGAACCAAGAGUCGUUUAGUGAGCCCUCUUUGUAUCUGUUUCUAUUUGAUGAUGUUUUACAGUAAAGUAACACUAACUGCUUUUUAAAAUGGUUUACAAACAGAAAAGCUAAAUCUAUUCCGACAUUACCUGUAAAAAGCAGGUACAUUUUAUUUCGUUCAAUAAAUGAGCCGUGCAAUAAAACUAAAAUAUCCCAGGUGAUUUUCCUCACUUUGACAAUCUCCUUCAGUGUAGUUAGCUACUUUUUCUUAGAAGCUUGUAGUGUAGCUAGCUACUUUAUCAACACAGUAGUGAUUGAUCAUUAAAAUCAUGAGUACCUUGUAGCUUGACCAGUUACAGUCGCAAUGUAUCUUCUCCAACAUUGUUGAUUUGU